GGGUGUGAAACGUCAAACGCAAUGUUUACGUCCAACAGGCUGUGUAGAUUUGCGCUCCCAUUUGCGUAAUCUUCUUCGAUCAAGUGAAAUUGCUGCUCAAAAGAGUGCGCGAUGACUUUCGGUGAUUAUCCAGCGGAGUACAACCCGAAGGUCCACGGACCUUACGAUCCUGCCCGUUACUUCGGCAUGCCGGAUACGCCCUUGGGCCAGGCGAAUAGGGUGCUUGGUUUGGCCGCCGUGACAAGAACCCAAGGCUGCCGCUGGGGCCGUGCCUUUUGGAGCUGGAAACACAAGUACAGUCAACUAUCGUUCGCAGAAUCUCGGCUCACUGUGACGUACAUAAAUUUCGUAUCGGUUUCUCCCUCCCAGGUGUUCUUCUAUGCCAUCAACUACGGCAAACUGAAGCACCACAGGAACUACAAGUACCACUAAACGAAGACACCCUGGAAGCAGGGCAGUGAGAAGCGGAACCUAUCCACAGUUCAUUAUAUAAGCACGAUCCACGGAGAAUAAUUUUGGCAGGAUCCGGAGGGUGGUUUCGGCUUGUGGAAGAUGUCAAUAGUCCCAUUUCCGUCAUAUCUAAUCCCCGGUUUUUGUUUUUUUUCUUCGAAAGACAAUCGUUUUUAAUGAAUAUUAACGCUUUCCGAUUUUGUUUA